AAGUGGCAUUUCUGUGUGUCGGAAAUGUCGUGCUGUGUGGCUCUCUCUGCCCACUCCACUCACUCAUCUGAUCAUUAACAACACCGAGCAGCUCAGAUGGAGCUGGUUUGAUCUUCUGCUCUCUUCCCUUCAGCGGCAGGAUGUGCUGAUUUAUGCGGGAUCUUGUCCCAGUACACCUGUCUGGAAUAUCGCUGGCGUCCACGCCUCUGUUUUUUGCGAUUCUGCUGAAACACACACACGCGUACACACACACACACAGUGAGCAAUGGCGACUCCCAGUCCUAGCACUAGCUCUCCAACUUCAUGCACUAGCAUGAGCGCGGCAGGAUCCCCGCUGCAGCAUCACCAAAUGCAGACUCAACACCUCACCACCAUGAGCAGUGUGCAGGAGUCCAACACUUGCUGGAGGUGUCAGAAUGAAACAGGGUUUCAGAUAAACCUGUCUGGUGCUCCCCAAAAUAAACGCAAAGCACUGAAGUUAAAUUUUGCUAAUCCUCCGAUUAAACCAAAUGCAAGACUCCCCAUUGCAUCAGCCAACCCUUCCUUCCAUAACCCACACAUAGAGAGACUGCGCAAUCACAGUAUCGAGUCGUGUGGGAAGCUGAAGAUUUCUCCCGAGCAGCACUGGGACUUCACUGCUGAAGACCUGAAGGACCUGGGCGAGAUCGGCCGAGGAGCCUACGGCUCGGUCAACAAAAUGGUUCAUAAGCCCAGUGGUCAGAUCAUGGCUGUUAAGAGGAUUCGUUCCACUGUUGAUGAAAAAGAACAGAAGCAGCUGCUCAUGGAUUUAGACGUGGUUAUGAGGAGUAGCGACUGUCCCUAUAUUGUCCAGUUUUAUGGGGCUUUGUUCCGAGAGGGUGACUGCUGGAUAUGUAUGGAACUUAUGUCUACCUCGUUCGACAAAUUCUACAAAUAUGUAUAUUGCUCAUUAGAUGAUGUCAUUCCAGAGGAAAUAUUAGGCAAAAUUACAUUAGCGACUGUGAAAGCACUGAAUCACUUGAAAGAAAACUUGAAAAUAAUCCACAGAGACAUCAAACCCUCCAACAUUCUCCUGGAUAGAAAUGGCAACAUAAAGCUGUGCGACUUUGGGAUCAGUGGACAGCUGGUUGACUCUAUAGCCAAGACUAGAGAUGCAGGGUGCAGACCUUACAUGGCUCCUGAAAGGAUAGACCCCAGUGCUUCUAGGCAAGGCUACGACGUUCGCUCGGAUGUUUGGAGUUUGGGAAUUACGCUGUACGAGCUGGCCACCGGCCGCUUCCCAUACCCCAAGUGGAACAGUGUGUUUGAUCAGCUGACCCAGGUGGUGAAGGGAGACCCUCCUCAACUAAGCAACUCUGAGGAGAGGCAGUUUUCUCCCAAAUUCAUCAACUUUGUCAAUCUCUGCCUUACAAAGGACGAGUCGAAAAGGCCAAAGUACAGGGAGCUUCUGAAGCAUCCGUUCAUUCUGAUGUACGAAGAGAGAGUGGUGGACGUCGCUGGUUACGUGUGUAAAAUUCUGGAUGAAAUCCCCGCCUCCCCCAGCUCUCCCAUGUACGUCGACUGAUAGCGUGUACGUUCCCCGAAUGCAAUGUAACACGGCAGCCGUCUGACGCGCCGCAUUGUCCCAUUUCACGGUCCCACACUGCUUUUAAGGAUCGACACUCCCAAAACAUUGUGUGCAAUAAGGAUCUGCUUAUCAUCUUCAAAGCCAUUAGUGUAUCAGUCUCUAAAACAAGUUAGAACAAUAAGAAGAAUAAGAACAAUAAUACUUUUUAUUCGAGGUGUGAUAUUUAUUUUUAAUGCCACAUGUAAAUGUCUAGCUGAGCGCAUUCUAGAAAAGUAGAACGAGACUUGAACUCCUUCAUUCAAGACACACUUCAUGUUCACAGGAACGUAAAUAUCUACUUGAAAGUGAUACAAGAACAAGAAAUUGCUGAAACAAGAAGUCACAUUGAUAUUCGAGUAGAAUGAAAACGCCUACCAUGUUGUCUACCGUAUAACGUUUCUAUGCUAGGAUGCAUCAUUUAGAGAAACAUCUGUAGGUGUAAAGCAAUCGUGGUCUCACUUUCCGAAAGAGCACGUGAAAGUAUUGUUCGUCAAAGAAUCCGUUAAAAAUGGUUGGCUCAUUUCUUCUAGAUGUUUCACUCCACACAUGGGGGUCUUUGUGAAAUUUCAACUGAAUGAUUUCUGUGGCGUUAACUUUUUGUGGAAAAGACACAGAUGGCACUUUGAUGCAGUCUGGUACCAUUUGACAGAUCAGCUGGCAGGUUGAAUGAUUAAAAAAAAAAACAACUAAGCAAAACGUCAUCUUUACAGUAGUUUUGUAUAAAUAUGCAACUUUAACUCACCAAAUUGUAUUUAAUGACUUAAAAACAAAAAAAAAACUCUUGCUGGUAUAGUGUACAUACUUGCAGACAUCACUAUCUUACUGUAAAUGUCACUUAUAGUACACAUCCCAAAAUACCGAACGCUACUUUAUACUUUGCCACUUUUCCCAAAAUCGGCUCUGACAUCUUGACUUGCGUAUGCAUUCUGAAAGAUGUCCCAAUAUCACCGUUUAGGUUUCUCACUUUAAACGAAACGUACAACGGUUUUGCCAAAGCAGUCUUUUACUAACUGACAUAAUAGGAGAACUGAAAUAUGACACUAGGUAGCAUUGAAAGACUUGUGGAUAGGAUUCAUUUGUGUGCGCGUGUGUAAAAUAGAGAUCAUCUGACACACUUAAGAUGCAUCACUGACCUAAGAAUGCGUAACUAUACAUCCCUUAUAUGGGCUUAUCUUAAAGAAAAGAAAAAUCCCAAUUUUGAAAACAAUCUUUCAACUGUACAAAAUGGCACCGUAAUAGAAUAUUUAAUAUUAGAAGGGAAAUUAUGGAUUUUUAUGUAAUGUUAUAUUGUAUCGUAUAAAGAGUGGGAAAUAUCUUCAAGGAUUGUUCACACUGUGAAAAGAUUUUAAGUGUAUACAUUGUGAACAGCAAUCUGUUUAAAAAAAAAAAAAAGUGUAAUUAGAGGAUAUGCAGGGAUAUUGCCUUAUGUCUGCUUUGGAGAUAUUAACCUCUGAUGGUCUGAGCUAUUUGUCUUCUUCACUUCACAUAUUUAAAGGAUAUUGAUGAAAUCUUAGUGUUCUUGUAGUAAUGAUGAGAGCUAAGUAUCUGCCUGCAGGUCAGUUGUGAUAAGGCUAGGAUGUGAUUGUGACCUUAUCGAGCUAUUUUUUUUUCUUCUUUUUUUCCUGUAAGGUCUGGAAACAAAUGGACUGAAUGCUAGAAUAAAUCCUAUGAAAUAGCC